AUGGGCACUCGUAAGAAGGGAGUAGAAUUUAUUAAACAUAUUACUGAUAUUAUUAAGAAUUCAUCCGGAUUCGAAAAACAUUUAGAAAAGGUAAAAAUCACCAGCGGGGGCGAGGGCAAAUGCACAGCAGAAUUUGUGGUGAGCACAGAACACUUAAAUCGUUUAGGCGGUUUGCAUGGCGGAUUCACAGCAACCCUAGUUGAUAUGGUCACUACUUAUGCUCUCAUGUCGAAACCGUGUCAUCCGGGAGUUUCGGUAAAUAUAAAUGUUGAUUAUCUAAAAGCAGCCAAGGCCGGAGAUGAAGUUCUUAUCGAUGCGAAUCUCUUGAGAGCUGGCAAGAAGCUGGCCUUUCUUGAAUGUGUGCUGAGGCACAAGAAGGACAAUUCAAUAAUAGCCAAAGGUUCGCACACAAAGUUUGUCGAUUUUCAAUAG